UGUCAUGUCAUGUCAUAUGAUUGACGGUUACGCUCCGUUUCGUAGUUCUGGCAGCUGCUCUGUAUCCUCAUGCAUCGUUUCGAAUAUAUAUUUUUCAAUUAUAAGAAAUAUAUUAUCACGUAUACGUAAAAAUGAAGAACCGAUUUAAUUCAUAUGAUAUUGUUUGCAUUACCAAUGAGCUACAGAAGCUCAUUGGUAUGCGAGUAAAUCAAAUAUAUGACAUCGAUCAUCGAACGUAUCUUAUACGUCUUCAGCAAAGCGAGAAAAAAUGUGUUCUUUUAUUAGAAUCCGGUAAUAGAAUUCAUACAACGGAGUUUGAAUGGCCAAAAAAUGUAGCACCUUCAGGAUUUUCGAUGAAGAUGCGUAAACAUCUUAAGAAUAAACGACUUGAAAGCCUUACUCAAGUAGGUGUAGAUCGAAUAAUAGAUCUACAAUUUGGAAGCGGAGAGGCAGCUUAUCAUGUAAUCUUAGAGUUGUAUGAUCGUGGAAAUAUAGUUCUCACAGACUAUGAAAUGACUAUUUUAAAUAUUUUAAGACCUCAUAUUGAGGGAGACAAAAUUAGGUUUGCUGUUAAAGAAAAAUAUCCAAUGGAUCGUGCUCACAAAAAUAUAAUGCCACCUCUAGAGGAAAUUCAGCAACAUCUUCAGAAUGCUAAAGUUGGAGAGCCUCUUAAAAAAAUUUUGAACCCACUCCUACAAUUUGGCUCUGCUUUAAUUUAUCAUGUUUUAUUAAGCCAUGGUUUUAUGCCUGGUUGCGAGAUUGGCAAAGAUUUUGAUAUUACAAAAGACAUGCCAAAAUUGAUUACCGCGUUAGAAUGUGCAAAAGAAAUGAUGGACAAUGCAAAACAAAAUUUACCUCAGGGGUACAUUAUACAGAGGCAAGAAGUAAAACCAUAUGGUGAAGAUGAAUUUAUAUUCACUAAUAUCGAAUUUCAUCCUUUUUUAUUUGAACAACAUAAAUUCUAUCCUUAUAAAAGCUUUUCCUCGUUCGAUGCUGCGAUUGAUGAAUAUUUUUCUGAAAUGGAAGGUCAGAAGCUAGAUUUAAAAGUUUUGCAACAAGAACGUGAAGCUGUGAAGAAAUUGGAGAACGUAAAAAAAGAUCACGAUCAGAGGCUAAUGACCUUAGAGAAAACUCAAGAGUUAGAUAAACACAAAGCAGAAUUAAUUACCAGAAAUCAUGUUUUAGUAGACAAUGCUAUAUUACUUAUACAAAGUGCUCUUGGAAGUCAAAUGGGUUGGCGAGAUAUAAAAGCUCUGUUAAAAGAAGUAGGUAAAGUAGAUCCCGCUGCAUCUACGAUUAAAGAGUUAAAUUUAGAGACGAACCAUGUUUCGUUAAUGUUGCACGAUCCGUACGUUGAUAGCGGCGAGGAGUCGGAAUUGAAACCUAUGCUGGUCCAUAUUGAUUUAGACCAUACAUCUUUUGGAAACGUUAGGAAGUAUUACGAUCAGAUGAGGUCAGCAGCUAAAAAACAGCAAAAAACAAUAGAGUCUCAAGAUAAAGCCUUAAAAUCUGCGGAAAAGAAAACGAAGCAAACGUUAAAAGAAGUGAAAGCUAUUCACAGUAUCAACAAAUUAAGAAAGAUAUAUUGGUUUGAAAAAUUUUAUUGGUUUAUCAGCUCCGAAAAUUAUCUGGUAAUCGGAGGAAGAGAUCAACAGCAGAAUGAACUGAUUGUAAAAAGGUAUCUGAAGUCUGGAGAUAUAUAUGUUCAUGCAGAUUUAACUGGUGCCAGUUCGGUAGUUAUUAAAAAUCCCAGUGGCAAUCCAAUCCCUCCAAAAACUUUAGCUGAUGCUGGGACAAUGGCUGUUGCUUAUAGUAUUGCGUGGGAAGCUAAGGUAGUAGCAGGAGCAUGGUGGGUAAAGAAUGACCAAGUAUCAAAAACUGCUCCAACUGGUGAAUACCUUACUACUGGGUCAUUCAUGAUUCGUGGGAAAAAAAAUUAUCUUCCACCAUGUCAGUUAAUUAUGGGAUUAGGAUUUCUAUUUCGUUUAGAAGAAAGUUCAGUUGAAAGACAUAUAGAUGAAAGGAGAGUUAGAGUUGUGGAUGAUGAAAGUGAGCUUGCAGAACGUAUAGUCGAAGAAGAUAGAGAAAUUGAAUUAAUAGAAGAUUCUGAAGAAGAUGAACAGCCAAAGAAAACAGAUAAUCUAAAUCCCAUUCAGGAAGAAUCUAAAGAAGAUUUAAUUAUGGAAGAAAGUAAUGUUACUCAAGAUGUUAAUAUCGAAAGUGACGAUACACCUCAGUUUCCUGAUACACAAAUUAAAAUUGAUGUGUCUUGUUCAAAAAUGAAAUUACUUAUUGACAAUAGUCAGUCAAUAACGUUACAAAAGGAUGAAGAAAAUGUAAUAUAUUUGGGCGAUGAUAAACCAGUAAUAUUAAAGCCCACUGUGAAGGAAAAAAGUUGUAAAAAUACGCAAAAACAGUCUCAUAUAGAAAAUACAAAGACUGAACCAGAAUCUAAAAAAAAUGAUCAAGUACUACUCAAACGAGGACAAAAGGGAAGAUUGAAAAAAAUGAAAGAGAAAUAUAAAGAUCAAGACGAGGAAGAUAGAAGAUUAUCUAUGCAAGUUCUUCAAUCAGCAGGUGCCGCGAAAGAAGACAAACGCAAAAGUAAAAAUAAAGAUCCGUCAGGGCCAAAACAACAAGGAAAGAAAAAAAGUAUGGUGAAAAGACAAGCUCCGCCACAAAAUACCCAAAUUAUGGAUAAUAUCGAAGAGGAGGAUACAGGUCCAGGACCCGAAGUAGACAUGUUGGAUCAGUUAACAGGGAAACCUGUUGCAGAAGACGAAUUGUUGUUCGCCGUGCCAGUAGUGGCACCGUAUAAUACAGUACUAAAUUACAAGUUCAAGGUAAAAUUAACACCAGGCACAGGUAAAAGAGGAAAGGCGGCAAAAACUGCUAUCGCGGUAUUUAUGAAAGAUAAAGACAUUACUUCGCGAGAGAAAGACUUGUUGAAAGCUGUUAAAGAAGAAACAGUAGCUAGAAAUAUUCCUGGAAAAGUUAAGAUAAGCGCUCCACAAAUACAGAAACUAAAAAAAUAAGUGUUUCGAGC